GUCCCAAACACCAGACCCAGCCUGUGGAACUCUGUCUUGGGCAAGCAUCAUCUGGCAUACAUCCGAAGAGUCUUUAGGGAUGCUUUCUCCCUAGGAGACCAAGGGCUCAAGAAGGGCAGGAGUCCAUGCUUUGCUUCUUCCCAAGCCUGAAUUGCAUCCAGGACCAGCUGCUGUCCUCACAUCUCCAUCAUGACACCCCUGCUCACAGUGCUCCUGGUGGUUCUGGUGGGCCUGCCUGUGGCCCAGACUCUGGAGUGCCAUGUGUGUGCCUACAAUGGAGACAACUGCUUCAAACCCAUGCGCUGCCCAGCUAUGGCCACCUACUGCAUGACCACACGUACUUACUUCACCCCAUACCGGAUGAAAGUAAGGAAGUCGUGUGUACCUAGCUGCUUUGAGACCGUGUACGAUGGCUACUCCAAGCAUGCAUCUGCCACCUCCUGUUGCCAGUACUACCUCUGCAAUGGGGCUGGUUUUGCUACACCAGUGACCUUGGCCCUGGUCCCGGUACUCCUGGCCACCUUCUGGAGCUUGCUGUAAAGCUCUGUUCCCCAGGCAGACCCACUCAAACACAAAGCUCUUAAAAGACACAAUUGCACCCUCUCGCUUCACCCAACCCUCUUCCUUCAGCUACAGUGAGGGCCCGCGGCUAGCUACAAAAGGAUUGAUGAAAUCCAGAUACCUCACUCCAAGGCCAUAACCUUUCAUUUUUCAGAAGGCUGAUAUAUGGAUCUAGAUCUCUCUAGAUCAGGGGCAUCAGAGAAAGUGCUAUUUGUGGGGGUGAAGAGGAGUGUCAGUCAGUUACACCAACUGGAAGGAAUUAGUGGCCAAAUUCCGCCUUCAUAGCAUCAGGAACCCACCCCAGUCUACCCAGUAGAGGACAGGUCUGCUAGAGGGGACGAAAGAUCAUGAACUGGCUAGAAGCUAAGACUCAUCAGAGCUGUCUCCUACUGAGGCCAGCAGCUGCCCAGGGCAAGUAUAUGAUGGAGGCCAUAUGAGGAAGCCUUUUGUCAUUUCCAGUUAGCUCAGGAACUCUGUUAGGCCUGGAAUCAGGACAGCUCUUGGCCAAGGGUACUAGCAAUGGCUUCAUUUCUGCAGGCUACAAAGAUCCCUCCAGCCCUAACAGCUCAGCAGGCCUGUUGACCUCACACCAGCUGCUGGGCCUUGAGGCUGGCAGGUGGCCCAUGCUAUAUUUUUGCCUGGGCUGUACACAGGCCAGAGCUAUUCUGGGCAUGACAGGAAGGGAACAAAGGCAGGGCGGAGUAGGCUAGUGAGGUGACCGGGACAGCAAGGCAGACUUCAGCCAGCUCCCUAGGUCCUGUAGGCAGGUUCUACAUCCUAAGGCCUCUUGGUAAAUUAUGGGGAGACAAAUGCACAGGGAGCCAGAUCAAGUCCUGGGUGAUUGUGACUGAAGACUUCUGGGUAUCAAGACUCUGAAGAACCCAAUCCUAAUUUAGGAGGCAUCGAUCUACCUUUCAUGCCAGUGUAGUUGACCCAGAAAGCCUUACCCUCUUCUCAUGUGCCAGUGAGGAAAUUCCUGAAGCUGGCCAGUGUCCGUGCAAGGGAUUAUGGCUGGCUAGGAGAGUCUUAUUCGCCAUCAUAUCCUACCGGUCACACAUCCUGAAUGCUUUUCUCAGACCACCCAGCUCAGGGCACAGGGGACCUUCCUCCCUGCUGUUAGGUGGAUCUGAACUCUGCUGCUGAAAAUGA